GCUGGAGCAUUUGUGACAGUGAGUGUGAUGGCUACUGAGUCAAAAAUACUUUGUCAUUUUGAGACUCCUACUCUAUUCCAAGGCAAGAACUACAAGGCAAAAUGUAAACAUUGUGGGUCUAUGAUCUCAGCAUCAACAAAGACUUGUUCCAAUUUCACAACACACCUUAAAAGGAAGCAUCCUAAUGCUUUUUUAAUGCCUCAAGCCCCAGCAGUCCCAGCACAAGGACCCAAAGCCGAUGCACAAGGUGGAAAGUACAGAGAAGGAGAUCCACGUCAAAAGAAGAUUACUGAUUUGCUGAUUUAUCUUAUAGCAAAGGACAUGCUUUCCCCAUCACUAGUUGAAAGUGAUGCUUUUAUACAGUUUGUCAGUACCUUAGACCAGCAAUACCAGCUUCCUUCACAGAAGCAUUUGAUGACUACACUACUCACAGAGAAGUGUACAGUGAUUGAUGAUCGUCUAAAGCAGCUCCUUGGAAAGAUGGAUAGGGUUUGUAUCACUUUGGAUCUUUGUUCUAAUUUACAAAUGAAGGGAUAUCUGGCCAUAACCUGUCACUUCAUCCAAGACUGGUCCAUCCAAUCAGUGCUUCUUGGGUGCAUGUCUUUUUUUGGUUGUCACACAGCAGACAACAUUGCUAGAAGAUGCCAUGAAACUCUAGAUCACUACUCCUUAGCCGAAAAAAUUUCUAACAUCAUUACUGACAAUGCUUCUACUGUGUUAAAUGUGUUUAGACUGCCAGGUUUUGAUGAUUGUUCUUCACCAGCACUUUUAGGGGAAUUUAAUGAUGUAGAGGCUGAUGAGAAUGAGAUUGAAGCAGUUAACUUAAGUGAGUGUAUGGCUCUUCUCCCACAACAUGAUUCCUGUUUUGCCCAUACUAUCCAACUGGUAGUUAAAGAUGGCAUUAAAAAUGCCAGAGCAAUUAACGAAGUCCUCACCAAAGCAGCAAACAUUGUUUCAUGUACCCAAAAAUCGAUUAACACUAGUGACAUGUUGGAAGGUGAGGGGCAAGCACAGGCCAAUAUUGCUAAAGGGUGGAACAGUGACAUAAAAGUCAUUCGUUCACUUCUGUCUGUACCAGUUGAAAAUCUGCAGCUUCUAGAUUGUCAGCAGCUUAGCUCAUAUGAACGUGUAAUGCUAAAUGAUCUUAUUGAGAUACUGAUCCCAUUUGAGGAAGCUACAGAUGCUCUGCAAGAGCAAGACAUUGUCACUGGGAGUUUUGUUAUACCUUGUAUUCGUGGAUUACAAGCUGCUCUAGACUCUCUCAAACUGAAGCACAAGUCAGCAAUUGUUACUGAUCUAUUGGCUUCUCUCAAUUAUAGAAUGAGUUGCUAUGAGAGUCGAGAUCACUUUAUUUGUGCUGCCAUUCUUGAUCCACGUUUUAAAUUGGUAUGGUGCAGCAGUAAUGAAGAAAAAAUGAAUAUGAAGUCCAAGUUCAUUGAAAUAAUGUCAAAUGAAUUUGACAAUGAGGAAUUGAGCAGCACAUCAUCAGCAGCUGGUGACUCAGUACAGCAACCACAGCCAAAGAGAAGAAAGCUUUUCAGUUACUUACCUAGUACAAAGACAUCAUCACGUAUAAAUAUUGAAGUCGACUUAUAUUUGUCAGAGCCAGCACUGCCUGAAGAGGCUAAGCCUCUUGACUUUUGGAAGCUGAAUGAAUCCAAAUUUCCUAAACUAUCGAGGAUGGCAAAGUACUAUUUAUCAAUACCAGCUUCAUCAGCCCCAGUAGAAAGACUUUUUAGUAUAAUUGCCGGAAAAAUUUUUAGGCAAGAUAGGUGCUCAAUGACUGAUGCAGUGUUUCAAAAACUUAUUGCAAUAAAAUACAAUGGGCACAUUAUAAAUUAGCAUUAUUCUUUUCUUUUGCUAUGAUGUAUUGUAAUAGUUAUUUUAAUAAA